AUGGCUGCGGCAGUGGCAAACGGCGAUGCCGCCGUUGUCCUCGACGAGUUUAAGCCACCCGCCGGCAUCGUUCUCCCUCCCCGCGAAAUCCGUAAUGUGCUCGAGAAGACGGCCGGCUACGUGGCGCGAAACGGUCCUGUAUUCGAAGAUAGGAUACGAGAAAAGAAGAGCAGAACCCCAAGACGCGCAAACGAAGCAGCGACGGCGGAGCAGAAGCCUAAGGGUCCCCCGAAACCACCGGAUUUUGAGUUCUCGGCCCGCAUGCCACGCCUGAACCAAAAGGAUCUAGAGGUGAUUCGGGUGACGGCCAUGUUCGUGGCGCGCAACGGACGACAGUGGAUGACGACGCUGGCGCAACGGGAGGCAGGCAAUGCGCAGUUCCAGUUCCUGAUCCCGAGCCACACCUUCCACAGUUUCUUCCAGCACCUGGUGGACCAGUACGCAACACUAAUCCGAGGGCACGGGCUUACGGGCGAAGGGGGCAAGCUUAAGGAGGAGCGCGUGGCGGAACUCAAGCGCAACGUCGACGAAAAGUACCAUGUUCUUGCGCGGGCGAGGCAGCGGGCCGAGUAUGCCAAGUAUGAGCAAAUGGAGAAGGCUAAGAAGGAGGAGGAGGAGGAGGAGAAGCAGCGCGAAUUUGAGCGGAUCGAUUGGAACGAUUUUGUCGUCGUCGAGACCAUCACCUUCACGCAAUCUGACGCCACGGCGAACCUGCCGCCCCCGACCACGCUAUCCGACCUACAGUACGCCUCGCUCGAGGAGAAGAAUAAGCUCUCCAUCAACCCGAGCAUGCGCAUCGAGGAGGCCAUGCCCACCGACGAAGAUACUCCUAUCCACGCUCCCGCCGCCCACCAACCCUUCCCUCCCCCAGCCGAGGAGGAAGAGGAGGAGAAGAGAAUACGCGAAAGAGCUGAGGCCCGUGAUCGAGCACACCAGGCUCAGGCCAGUGCGGCGGGUGGGGCGCCAAUGAGGAUCAGGGAGAACUACGUGCCAAAGGCGGCACAGCGGCCGGCCAAGCCUGGCGGAUCGCUAACCCUGUGCGCGUACUGCAAGCAGAUGAUCCCCGUUGACGAGUUAGAGGAGCAUAUCAGAAUCGAACUCCUUGAUCCCCGAUGGAAAGAACAAAAAGCCAAAGCAGACGCACGCCACCUGAUAACGGACCUUUCACAAGUAGACGUGGCGCACAACCUCAAGCGGCUGGCUAGCCAACGGACGGACGUGUUCGACGGGGUGACAGGCGAACCGGUGUCGGAGGAGGAGCAGGCGCGGCGCAAGAAGGCGGCGACGACGCAUAGUUUUGAUGGGAAUCCGGACGGCAAGAGCCAGGCGCACAUCAACCAUUUGCAGCGGAUGACGAUGGAAGAGCAGAUCAAAGCGAUUCAUGAUAGGUUUGGCGGCACGGCGGGGCAGCAGUGA